AUUUUCUCGAAAAACAUCUCAAACCUAAACAUUUCAUACCCAAACAUCUCACACACACAAAUUGAAUCUAGUCCCAGCCACCUUGUAAACUCACCACCGUCAGAUUGUAGUUAGCGAAAACCACUAACCUUGUCGUCAACCAUAAUUUUGUUCUUCUCCCCCUGACAUAUUCUCCAACGCAAUCACCAUUAGACUUAAAUCAAAGGCAUGUCUUUCUUUGUUACUCUCAUUUCCGUCUACUCUCAUUUCUAUGUGAUUUUGACCAAUUUCUAUGUAAUUCGAUUUUAAGGUUUAGUCCUUAUCUGUUAGGUAAAAUUUUGAAAUAUCUAUCCCAGGCGCUUUUCCCAAUGCAUGCUAAAAGCAGGAUGUAGCCUUCUAUUAGCCAGAUCUCAACUACCUCUUCCUUCUCCUAAAAAGAAGUUUGGUGAAGUUUCCUGGUACGAUUUUCAUGCUGGAGCGGCUCUUUUCUUAAAACUGUUGUAAUUAAUUAUCUGAACUUGAGAUGAUAUUGGUCUGAGAUGAUGUGUCUAUGAUAUGGUCUGAGAUUGAGUUAUUGUCUUAUCUAGAAUAUUCUUACGUUAACUUUGAUGUGAU